UGUGAAUCAUUCCAAAUGCUAUAUCCUUUCAAGCUUGAAUAAUCUUCGUAGACAAUUCUCAGCGGUCUAGGCCUUAUAGAAGACAAGGCUUAUGAUUUAGGUGGAGAUAUUAUUUUCGAAUCUCUUGACGGCGCUUACCUACAUCACGAUGCUUCUUCGGAACGAACAGCCUAAGCCAUUCAUAGCAAUUCUGUUUCUACAUAUCUUAUUCCUAUUAGCACCCUUUAUCUCGGCAUCCCCUAUAACAUCACCCUUACAACUGCCACCCGCUUCGGACUUUCCAGAGGGCGCGGAAAUAACCCGCUCCCGAAGCAGUCAUGGCAACGCCACGAUAGAGAGAAGACAGAUGUCGGAAGGCUCGUCGUGUGAUGAUUCCGAGGGCCAAUGGAACUGCCUCACGAACCGGUGGCAGCGCUGUGCGGCGGGGCAGUGGAGCGCCGUGAUGGACUGUGCUGCGGGCACGAUAUGUACGCCCUCAGGCUUGACGACCGAUUUCUUCGUACAGUUUGAAAACGGGGCGGCCGGGCCGUCAACGAGUGAUGGUACGCGGAGGUUUGAGCCGGGAGUUAUGCGUUGGGUCUUCGUCUCCGUUCUAGGUGGUAUAAGUGUCGUUCACGCUUUGACUUCCAGUUGAAGUAUGCUUCAUCUCAGGGGUAUUAGGUGUAAGCGAAAAGCACCUAGUUUGAAGGUGUUAAGCUAAACCAAGCCCUUCAGCAGAGCGCCACGUGCCAUUUAUGGCCAUAUAUUAUAUCCUAGACCACGUCUAGGAGGUGCCUAUAUAUUCAUGUCAGGUAUAUAAACCACCUACUAGGCAUAUACCAGAGAAUCGCUCAUGCUAUAAACAGUUGGAAUAUUAAAUAUCAUCCGCUCUAUACAAAGCCCCCCUCUCCCCCCAAAACACUAUCUAAUAAAUGUGCCAUGUACUUCCG